AUGCAGCUUUCUAUCGCCAAGGUCGCCUCCAUCUUUUUCUUCCUCUCCGUCGCUUCUGCCGACUUGCACGACAGCUGCACUUGCCACAACGGUGACAGCUAUAACUGGCGCAUCACCACCAAGGCUUGCGAGCUUUACUCCUCCAAGAACUACAAGUGGGGCAAAGGCACCUACGACACCCCCUCCGGACGCUGCGUCAAGAGCACCGACACUGACCAGAUUGCUGGCAAUGAGUGGGAGGCCGCCUGCCGCGAGAUUGCCACCACCGGCUUCGCGUGCGCCGACGGCCAGGGCCUGCGCUGCAACGCUCCCUCUGAUGAAGUCAAGGGCAGCUGCUAA